GGGUGCUCAUCGGGCAUCGGGUUGACUACGGCUGUCACGCUGGCCGAAGAUCCCACCCAUCGGUUCUUGGUCUAUGCCACUAUACUCAAGCCCUUCGCAGACGAAACAGUGCUGCAACAAGCUGCAGAUGGGAAGCAGAUCCUGGACCAGACGUUGUUCCCGGUCCAGAUGGAUGUCACCAAGGAUGAGUCCGUCAAGGAUGCAGUUGCCAUGGUGAUAAUGAAACAAGGACGAAUUGAUAUUCUUGUGAACAAUGCAGGGGUGGCCAUGGUAAACGUUUCAGAAACGGCCACGGUGGAACAAGUCAAGAGGGUAUUCGAUAUCAACUUCUUCGGUAACUUCCGGGUCACUCGAGAAAUACUUCCGGUGAUGAAGAAACAGAGGUCCGGUCGCAUAAUCAACAUAUCAAGCAACAAUGGAAUCUCUUGCUUCCCCUAUAUGGGAGUGUAUGGAGCAUCCAAGCAGGCUAUCGAAGCUUUCAGCCAAGAAACAGCUAUUAUUGGCCGCUUCUUCAACAUAUGGGUAAGUGUGAUCGAACCUGGUCCUGUUGACACACCCAUUCGUGAGGCGAUAGUAUCCUUAGGUUUGGGCGGCGUGGGUCAUAUUCAGCAGAAUCCCGACGUCGAUGACCUCGAUAAGCGUCUGGCCAGAUACUUUGAAGUCGAGAGCGAGUUCCACGGCCAACCGAUGCAACAACCUGAAGAAAUCGCUCAGAUCGUACUCGAAGCGGCCACCGCGGUGAAACCCCAUUUUAGAUAUCAAACAUCCCAGGCCGUGGAAGAUUUUGCGAAACAGAUAUUCGUUGACUCAACAGGAGAUUCAUAUAUCGAUUCCCAAGCAAAUCGACUGAAGCCAUUCGCCGACAAAAAUUAACAAGAUGUACUGAAUUACUAGUCGAUAAGUUGGGUGCGUGUGGGUGUGGGUGUGUAUAUGAAUAAAUUUGAGCAGGUAAGCUUGCUGUGUGUUUGGUGUUUGUGUGUCGGAGGGAGGGGUGUGGGUGUGUGGGGAUGUUCUUCCGUGUGAGUGUAGGUUAAUGUGAUCUGUACACGUAUUGAAGUUUGAAGUUUAUUUUCCUAACAAAAAGUGUAUACAUCAAUAUAACAAAUAUGAAUUUUUAACAAUGAAAGGAUAAAUGGCACGUGUGUGGAUCAGAGAGAUUCAGAUGGAAGUGGGUGUUUUUUUAGGGUUGGGUAGU